GCCUCUAGUUUCUCGUGCUCUCUUUGAGGUGGGUUCGAUUCAGUCCCCCUCUCUACUCAAUUUCCCAUCUCUGUCCUGUUUAUAGGGUUUUCUUAAAAAACUCUCUAAAAUUCUUAAUCAUCAUCCAUGGCGGCUGCAGAUAUAGAGUUCAGAUGCUUCGUCGGUGGGCUCGCAUGGGCCACCACCGACCAGUCACUUGAGGAGGCUUUCUCUCAGUAUGGAGAAAUACUCGAAUCGAAGAUCAUUAAUGAUCGCGAGACAGGCAGAUCGAGAGGGUUUGGAUUCGUGACGUUCAAAGAUGAGCAGUCAAUGAGGGAUGCAAUCGAAGGGAUGAACGGGCAGAAUCUGGACGGCCGCAACAUCACGGUCAACGAGGCUCAAUCCCGUGGAAGCGGCGGCGGAGGCGGCGGAUUCCGCAGCGGCGGAGGUGGCCGUCGUGGUGGCGGCGGCGGUGGAUAUGGCGGCGGCGGUGGAUAUGGCGGAGGCGGCGGUGGUUAUGGCGGUGGCGGUGGUGGAUACGGUGGUGGCGGACGUGACCGUGGUGGAUACGGUGACGGUGGGUCCCGUUACUCUAGGGGCGGUGGUGGGUCAGAUGGUAAUUGGAGGAACUAGGGCUUAGAAUUUAGAUAGUGUGGGUGGUGUGGUGUUUCUUGUGGGGUUGGGUUGUAGAGUUUGGGUGUUAUGGUUCUUCUAUUUGGUUUGUGCUACUGUGUUUUUUUGACCGCUGGUUCUGCCAUGUUGAUCGGUAUUGUGUGUGUUCUAAAAUGAAUCGAGUAGAUCGAAGAUUUCGAAGAUUUAUAUUACAAUUAUUUGUGUUA